AGUAGGAGUGUAAUACCCAGCAGCUGCUGCUGUCCAUCUCGUCACAGAGUAAAUAACAGACCCAUCUAACUAACGCAGCGCAGCGCUGUCAGCUAGCAGGCAGACACUGAACAACAGACCAGACCUAUCUAACUCAUGCAGCGUAGUCAGCUAGCAGACAGACACUGAACAACAGACCAGACCUAUCUAACUCAUGCAGCGUAGUCAGCUAGCAGACAGACACUGAACAACAGACCAGAACUAUCGAACUCACGCAGCGUAGUCAGCUAGCAGACAGACACUGAACAACAGACCAGAACUAUCGAACUCACGCAGCGUAGUCAGCUAGCAGACAGACACUGAACAACAGACCAGACCUAUCUAACCAAUGCCGCGCAGUGCUGUCAGCUAGCAUGGCAGGGACAGAGACUCAGCCUGAUAAUACCAGACAGUCAGGGGAUACUACGGCCUGAACAACAGACACACUUCUUAUCAGGAGGAACUACAGCCUGAACAACAGACAAGCACAUUAGGACUUCUUCUAAACCACACAUGGGACUGUAAAUACUCGAUCCGGUCCAGACGAAACAGAACUGAAUCAGAAUGAAGCUCAUCAAGCACAUUCCACUGCUACAGAUCCUGUUCCUUUCACAGAUUGUGGCGAGUGUCGGACUGCAGAGAGCUCCUCGCAUCACAACCCUGCUGGAGACCUUGGACAUCCUGUUGGAUCACAACGCCACGUUCAUCUGUGAAGUUGACUCCCGACCAUCAGCGGAUGUCACGUGGACACGGAACAACCACCCAAUCCCAUACUAUGACUCCCGCUACACGAUCAGGGAGAAUGGCCAGAUGCUAUUGAUCCCCAACGUCAAAGAGUCGGAUAACGGGGAGUACUGCUGUGUUGCUAACAACGGCAUUGGAGAGCCGGCCAAGAGCUGCGGAGCCCUGCAGCUUAAAAUGAAGCCUCAGAUAAAAAGACACCCCACCAACAUGACGCUACUGAUUGAGUCCAAGGCCGUGUUGCCCUGUGUGACGCUAGGAAACCCCAAACCAGACAUCUCCUGGAUCAAAGAUGAUGCUCUUAUGACGGUGAGUGAUCGGAUCACGAUUCUGGAUUAUGGCACUCUGAAGAUCCAUAACAUCAAGAAGGAAGACGCGGGGCAGUACCGCUGUGUGGCCAAGAACAGCUUCGGGAUCGCCUUCUCCAAACCAGUCACCAUAGAAGUACAGGCCCCAGCCCGGAUCCUCAGGGUCCCUAAGGAUAAGAGAGUGACCUUCGGUAGCGAGGUCUCUCUGGAGUGUAACGCCACUGGAAACCCUAUCCCCGCCAUCACAUGGUUGGAGAACGGGAAUACCGUUCCGGGUGGCUCUGUGGAGGAGACGUUAGCAGGAGAGGUGAUUCUGUCUGUGCUACACAUCACGGUGACUAAACCUGCUCGCUACACAUGUCUAGCCUCCAACAGACACAGCGCUGGGGCCAAGUCCGCCAAAUCUUCAGUCGGAGUCACUGUCCAAGAGUGGAGGCUGUAUAAAGGCAGUGGGGGUUAUUGUGGUGCGUACCGUGGUAAUGUGUGUCGGGACAUGUUAAGGAGCGAUGCCCUGGUCUUCUUUAACUCCUCCCUCAACGACCCCGAGGACACACAGGAGUUCAUGGUUCAGAGCGCCUGGGCUGAUCUCGACAGACUGGGCAUGCUCUGUAGCCCUGCCGCCCACUCCCUGCUCUGUCAUCUCUCCUUCCAGGACUGCAUCCCUUCUGGCCUGGGACCUGUUCCUAAACCAAUCUGCAGGGAGCACUGUCUGGCAGUGAAGGAGCUCUACUGUCGUAAGCAGUGGCCAGUGAUGGUAGGGAACUCCCAUAAAGGCCAGCACUCCUCUGGCUCCUCCGGCCUCUCUAUCCCAAUGCCUGACUGUAUGGCUCUGCCCUCACAACACACAACACCAGGAGCCUGCACACCCAUCCCCUUUGUCGAUAUAAAGAAAGAUCAAGUCACAACAACGUGUUACAAUGACAAAGGAAGGUUCUACCAAGGACCAGUCAACAUCACCGGCUCUGGUAUCCCCUGUCAGAAGUGGAGCCAACAGGGUCCCCACCUGCACCGUCUCAGUGUGGAUGUAUUAUCAGAGCUGAGGAACGCACAGAGCUCGUGUCGGAACCCCGGAGGAGAAAAUGAGAAGCCCUGGUGUUAUACAACCAACCCCAACAUCCGCUGGGAAUACUGCAACAUUCCCAAAUGUGGAGAAGUGGUAGUGAAGACGGAGUCAUCGUUCCCUCGCCAGAAUCCUCCCCUCCUCCCUCCCUCCGUCUCUCCGGCCUACUCUAUGAUCAUCAUCAUCUGUCUACUAGCAGCCUUCGCAGCCAUAGCAUUCCUCAUCAUCAUCAUGUGCAAGAGGAGGAGGAAGACAUGGAAGAACCACAAGACAGCCAUGGAGACCCCCACCCUGACUGCCUUACCCUCUGAGAGUCUGCUGCUGGAUCGCCUCCACCCCAACCCCAUGUACCAGCGCCUGCCCCUACUGCUUAACUCCAAGCUGCUGGCUCUAGAGUAUCCCAGGAACAACAUUGAGUAUGUCAGGGACAUCGGAGAGGGGGCCUUCGGACGGGUCUUCCAGGCCAGAGCCCCAGGUCUCCAGCCCAUUAAGCCCUUCACCAUGGUAGCAGUGAAGAUGCUGAAGGAAGAAGCAUCUGCUGACAUGCAGAACGACUUUCAGAGAGAAGCUGCUCUCAUGGCUGAGUUUGACCACCCCAACAUCGUCAGGCUGCUAGGUGUGUGUGCGGUGGGGAAGCCCAUGUGUCUGAUGUUUGAGUACAUGUCUUACGGAGACCUGAACGAGUACCUGCGUCGCCGUAGUCCCACCCAGCAACACAGCCUGAGCCAGGCCAGCCUAUCAGGACGCAGCUUCUCCUCUGAACUGGAGUUGGGGCCACUGUGCUGCGAAGAACAGCUGUUCAUAUCCAAGCAGGUUGCGGCGGGCAUGGCAUACCUAUCGGAACGGAAGUUCGUCCACCGCGACCUGGCCACCCGGAACUGCCUCGUAGGAGAGGAGAUGGUGGUUAAGAUCGCCGACUUCGGUUUAUCCAGAAACAUCUACUCUGCUGACUACUACAAGGCCAAUGAGAAUGAUGCUAUCCCCAUCCGCUGGAUGCCCCCGGAGUCCAUCUUCUACAACCGUUACACCACGGAGUCGGAUGUGUGGGCCUACGGGGUCCUUCUCUGGGAGAUCUUCUCCCACGGCAUGCAGCCGUACUACGGCAUGGCCCAUGAAGAGGUCAUCUACUACGUUAGAGACGGCCACAUCUUGGCCUGCCCUGAGAACUGUCCUGUAGAACUGUUCAAUCUGAUGACACUGUGUUGGAGCGGACACCCCACAGACAGACCCAGCUUCAGUAGUAUCCAUCGUAUCCUGGAACGGAUUCACGAGCAGACGCUGAGACCGGCCAUGCCGACGCCAGAGUUAAGGCCCACUCUAUCCACCCUGCCAACCUUGCCUGCCUUGCCUAACCUAUCUCCCUUUUCCCCCCACCCUGCCCUGUGCCCGGGGCCGUAGCCAAUUGAUUGAUACGGCAAGCUGCCAGGCAUUUACUCAAAUGUAGAGUCAUUAGUGAUUUUAAUAGAUCCUGUCCCUCCCCAGAGCUAAUAUCUCUGGAUCCUGUCUCAUCUCAGACUCAAAUAAUGUUGGUCAGGAUAGGAGGCAUCAUUGUUCAUAUCCACUGAUUCAUGGUGAAGAAGACCAGCGAUAGUAGAAAUGAAUGUUGUUGGUCAGGACAGGGGCAGUAGACCGAUGAAAUGACAUGAACUAAGUAUAGUGCCAAGACAACUGGAUAUUUAGGAGAGGCUGAUAUCGGAGAGGAAGUCGUGAUUACGAGCUGAUAAUCCUCUACUGCUUUCCCUCAACCUGACAUCUGCUUCACUGGUUCACUUCUGUUUCAAACUGAUUCACUGCUUCAAACGGGUUCUCUUCUGUUCCAAACUAAUUCACUGCUUCACCUCUCCCAUGCCUGGAAACAAUAUUUUAGAAACAAUAACCUGAUAAAGUCCAAGAGACAGAGCUUCAGAUGAACAGAGACCGUGUUAUUAAUCCACAUGGAACAAGAGACAGAGCUGCAGCUGAACAGAGACCGUGUUAUUAAUCCACAUGGAACAAGAGACAGAGCUUCAGAUGAACAGAGACCGUGUUAUUAAUCCACAUGGAACAAGAGACAGAGCUUCAGAUGAACAGAGACCGUGUUAUUAAUCCACAUGGAACAAGAGAGAGCUUCAGAUGAGUCAGUCAGUACUUACAAUUCAGUACUUAACUAGUACAGUCAAUUCAUUCAGUACUUCACUAGGACAGUCAAUUCAUUCAGUACUUCACUAGUACAGUCAAUUCAUUCAGUACUUAACUAGUACAGUCAAUUCAUUCAGUACUUCACUAGUACAGUCAAUUCAUUCAGUACUUCACUAGGACAGUCAA